UUCUGUCUGUAUUCCGAAGCUUGACAUGUCGUAACGGGUUCGCGGAUUUUUGUAAAGUGUAAUAAUUUUUUUUCUCCAACUAAUAAAGAUACAAGAAAAAAAUAAAUUUUCAAUAGAAAAAGAAAAUAUAAUUAAACUACAAUUAAUUACAAAACAAAUUAUUGUAUUUAAUUUUAAGUUGCAAUAUAUAAGUCGCACAUCAUUUUUAUAUAUACAAACAACAACUCAGUGAAAUCUAAUAAAAUUUAUUAAAAAGUAACAAGUUUAAUUUAUAACAAAAGUAAAAAAAAAGGUUCGUACAAAUUGGAAGAAACAUUUUUGUGCUCUAAUUGGAUUUAAGUGGAAUUUUUCUUCUUAUACGAACAGAAAAAAAAUCGAUUAUUCAAUAGCAAAUGCAAAUAAAAAUGAAAAAACUUAAAAUUAAAAUUGCAAAAUUAUAAAACAGUGUUUAAAAUAAAUUAAAUAAUAAGCUAAAAAGUGUAAAAAAAUUAAAGAAAGAAUCUUCCUUAAAAACAAAAAAAAAAAAAAAAACACAACAACAAAUAACUUAUAUCCGCCAGAAAAUUGCUAUAAUUUAUAAUAGUUCUCAAAAGCAGCGUUUGUCCUCCCUACGCUGUUGUCAAAAAAAGAAAAAAGCCAAAAAACUAUUAAAAAAUCAAUAAUUUUGCUUCUCGAGGUUUUUUGAAAAAUUUCCAAAAUUGCGAAACAUAUUUUAAGCUUUUUAAAAAAGAAAAAAACUCCUCAAACAUCUAGUGCAGCGGGCGAGGACAAUACAAAGAGCACACAGCAGCAGGAGUCGUCCACACAGCUAGCCAAGCAGCUUGAGCCAAGCAGUCCAGGCGCGUCGUCUAGCAAAUCGUCGCCAUCGCUGACGGCCAAUAAAUUGGACUCUGCCACUGCUCGGCCGCAGGCAUCGUCCACUUCACCCUCUCAAUCAUCGUCGUCGUUGCUGCAGCAAAAAUCCAGCAAAAUAACUCCGCCUACAGGUGCACACUCCGCCUCAACUUCGUCACUUACUAACGCCCAGGCAGCAAACGCCAGCGAUAGUUCGGACGCCCCUCAAGUGUCUGCCACAGCAACCUUUCGUCUAUCAGCGCUUACCGGUACCAUCUCGAAAAUGGGUAACAACGCCACGACAUCCAACAAGAAGGUCGAUGCUGCAGAAACCGUCAAGGAGUUUCUCGAACAGGCCAAAGAAGAAUUUGAAGAGAAAUGGCGCCGCAAUCCCACAAAUACCGCCUGUCUCGAUGACUUCGAACGCAUCAAGACCUUGGGUACGGGCUCUUUUGGUCGCGUCAUGAUAGUACAACACAAGCCGACAAAAGACUAUUACGCCAUGAAAAUACUCGACAAGCAGAAGGUCGUCAAACUAAAGCAGGUCGAACACACACUCAACGAGAAGCGUAUUCUGCAGGCCAUACAAUUUCCCUUCUUGGUUUCCCUACGCUAUCACUUUAAGGACAACUCCAACCUCUACAUGGUGCUGGAGUAUGUGCCCGGUGGUGAGAUGUUCUCGCAUCUGCGCAAAGUGGGUCGUUUCUCGGAGCCCCACUCGCGCUUCUACGCAGCCCAGAUCGUACUCGCCUUUGAGUAUUUGCACUAUCUCGACUUGAUAUAUCGUGACUUGAAGCCUGAGAAUCUGCUUAUCGACUCACAGGGCUACCUCAAGGUAACCGAUUUUGGUUUUGCCAAACGUGUCAAGGGUCGCACUUGGACUCUUUGCGGCACACCCGAAUACCUCGCCCCUGAGAUUAUUCUCUCGAAGGGCUAUAACAAGGCCGUCGAUUGGUGGGCCCUCGGUGUACUCGUCUAUGAAAUGGCCGCUGGCUAUCCACCCUUCUUUGCCGAUCAACCCAUACAGAUUUACGAGAAAAUCGUAUCGGGUAAAGUGCGUUUUCCCUCACACUUUGGCUCUGAUCUAAAGGAUCUGUUGCGCAACCUGUUGCAAGUGGAUCUGACCAAACGCUAUGGCAAUUUGAAGGCCGGCGUUAACGAUAUUAAAAAUCAGAAAUGGUUUGCCUCCACAGAUUGGAUAGCGAUCUUCCAGAAGAAAAUUGAGGCACCAUUUGUGCCACGGUGUAAAGGACCCGGUGAUACCAGUAAUUUCGAUGAUUACGAGGAAGAGGCGCUGCGGAUCUCAAGCACCGAAAAGUGCGCCAAAGAGUUUGCUGAAUUCUAAUUGUAUUCUUUUAUUUAUUAUUAUUAUUAUUGUUUCUUUACUAAAAAACAACAAAACAAACCAAAACCAACGUACGUUCGUGCAUUCUCAUCACACCUGUUUGUUCGCCCCGCUCGUUCGUUCGCUCGCUCGUACGUCCGUCGUCGUCGUAGUUCGUAGUUUUGUGCAUUAAAAAAAAAAAAAUAAUAAUAAAAAUACGCGUUGCGUUCGUUUCAUUGUUUCAUUAACUAUAAAACAUAAAACUAAGCAAAUAAUAACAAUUAAUUAAAAAUUACACCUAAAAACAAGAAUUAGUAAUAAUUAAACUAAAAAUGUGAAAAAUAAACUUAAUUAUUUUCCGUUCGAUCCGUUGGUAAAUACAAAAUAAUAAUAAAAAUGUUUAUAAUAAAUAAGAGAGACAAGUGUUUUUUUAAAAAGUGUCGUUUAAUUAUUUUUUUAUUUAAAAACUUUCGGUUCGGUUAACUAAAUUCCUAGCAUAAAGAAUCUAGAACAAAUUGAAAACAUUAACACUUCCAAACAAAUAAAAGAACUUUCACAACCGCCAAACAUCAAACUGAAUUUCAUUAUAACUACAACAGCUGGUUAACUCCAGUACUAAUACUGGAGGUUUAUUAAAGCUGCAGUGGGGAUUAAUAUUAUUAAACCCAAAAUCUUGGAUUAAACUUUUAUCAUCAUUAUCAUCAACAUUAAAUUUAGCAGUUAAAGUCAAAUUCAACCUCCUCAACGUCAUUUAUAAAAGCCUUCAUCAGCAUUAUCAUCAAUAUAUAACUAUAUG